AUGGCGGGUCUGGAUCUUGGCACGCACUACCUCCACCAGCACCAGCACCAGCACCAGCACCAGUUCCAACCUCUCCACCUCCACUCCGACCCUGCCGCGGCCGCCGAUGACAGCGGCAACCCCACCUCCUCCUCCCCGCCAAGCGGGGGCGACCCCUCGGCGGCUGCGGUGGGGGCAGGGUGCGGGGGGCGGCGGCCCCGCGGUCGCCCCCCGGGGUCGAAGAACAAGCCGAAGCCGCCGGUGAUCAUCACCCGCGAGAGCGCAAACACGCUGCGGGCGCACAUCCUCGAGGUGGCGGCCGGCUGCGACAUCUUCGACGCGCUGUCGGCCUACGCCCGCCGCCGCCAGCGCGGCGUCUGCGUGCUGUCCGCCGCCGGCUCCGUCACCAACGUCACUCUCCGCCAGCCCUCCUCCUCCUCCUCCCCCUCCCCCGCCGCCGCCGUCGCCACCCUCCCCGGCCGCUUCGACAUCCUCUCCCUUGCCGGCUCCUUUCUCCCCCCACCAGCCCCCCCGGGAGCCACCGCCCUCGCCGCCUUCCUCUCCGGCGGCCAAGGCCAAGUCGUCGGCGGCAGCAUCGUCGGCGCGCUCAUCGCCGCAGGCCCGGUGAUCGUCGUCGCCGCGUCGUUCACCAACGUCGCCUACGAGCGCCUCCCGCUCGACGAAACCGACGAGGCGGCGGUGCAGAACCAAGGAAUUGACGUCAACGGCAACGGCAACGGCAACGGCAACGGUAAUAAUAAUCCGUAUGGCGACCCUGCGGCAGUGGCUCCGCCUCUGCCGUUCUUCAUGGGGCCGCCGCAGAUGGCGGUGGACGGAGUGCACGUCGCGUGGCCUCCGUCGAACGCCGCCGCAGCACAUCGGCCACCGUACUCGUAG